AUGUUCAAGACCAGCUACCUGCGCGAGGUGCGCAAGGAAAAGUAUGAGCGCUCAGAUGUCUUCGAUGAGGAACCUGAGGACUCUGAAAGCUCUGCAGGCAUCUCAGCCAUCCAGGGAUGGGAGAGCCUUCAGGAGCUCAACAGCCGCUUUGCCCGGUACAUCAACAGGGCACGAGUCCUGGAGCAACGCAACGCUGUGUUCCGCAAGCAGCUGGAGACGCUGCAGCGAAUGGAAGAGGUCAGCGGCCUAGAGGAGGCCUUCACAGAGCAGAUUGAAGUCAACAGGCAGCGCAUCCGAGAGCUGUCCUCCGACCGUGCCAAGCUGGAGCGGGAGCUGAAGGAUGCUUGCCGAAUGCUGGAUGAAUUUACCAGCAAAUAUAGAAAUGAAUGUGAUUAUCAAGAACAGCUACGGAGCACGCUGGAACAGUUAAACAAGGAGGCUGAUAGCGCCCUGCUGAGAAACCUGGAGUACCAGAUCCAGUCUCAGUUCCUGCAGGAUGACAUCAACUCCACCAGAGAUAGACACAAGAAGAACCUCGCAGAGAUCCAGACCUAUGUAAACAUUUUGCAGCAAAUCAACCAGACACUUCCCCUUGCUCCCAAUGUGUCAGUUGGCAUCUCCGAGGAGCAGGAGAAGCUGCUGGCCCAGAGGAAAGUGCCAGGCCUGCAGAGUCAGCUGGAGGAAUACAAGAGCGCCCUCUGUCAACUACAGGCCCAGAAACAACGCCUCCAGACUGAGACUACAAUUUUGGAGCAAGCCAUCAAAAACACACAGGAUAGUUACGAUGAUGAGAUCCAGAUGUACAACGAGCAAAUCGAUUCCCUGCGGAAGGAGAUCGAGGAAGCUGAGAGGUCCCUCGAGAAGUUCACCAGUGAAUGUCGCCACCUGGCCAUGUACCAGAUAUCUCUUGAGAAUGAGCUGGAGAGGUACAAAAGGAUCAUCGAGAACGAAGAUAACAGGUUGAAUUCAGCGAUAAUUGGCACCCCCAUUACCCUGUUCACCACUAAUUACCACUACACUCACACACCCAGUGCAUCAAGCAGGGGUAAAGAUAUCAUCCAGGCUAUCCAAGAUAUCACAAGCAUCAAGCCCCGCCAGAAGAUCCUGGCCAAGAAGGUCCUGAAGAAGAAAGAGCUUACCCCGAAAGAUGUGAUAGACAGUGGCCAGGACGACAGAAGCGGGGGAACCCCUGGAGAGGGUCCAGAUGAAGACACAAAGGGGAGCCCAUCUGUGGAGGUGCAGGAGGAGAGGGUGAAUAGGCAAGAGCAGAGACCUGUUCUCACUGGAGUGUCUCCACAGGAUGUUCCAGACGGAGCUCAGAUCAGCAAAGCCUUUGACACUCUUUGUAACAUCGUCAGAGACAGAAUGAGGAAGUACAAGAAGCCUGAGCCAAUCGCUGACUUCUACACCAAGGGUCGUUAUGUUCUUGUCACCGGUGAUGGCAGCUACCCGGAUCCCUGCUUCUGCACCUCCACACCAUCAGCCGGCCACGUUUACGUCACUAUCAGAGAUGGAAUGGUGUCUCCCUAUGAACCUCACGGGCGCACCACACCCACUCCUCCACCUCCUCAGCCCACGGUAGACCCCAGGCCUCUCAGUCCCACCCAGCCCAUUAUUGCAGGAGGAAAGGACGAUAAUCAGGGUGGAAAAGGUAAGGACAACGGAGCCAAGCAAAAGAGUGAAGAGCCUCAACCUCCCUCUAAAGAGCCAAGCCCAGUCCCUCCACCCACUGGCCCAAGCUCCGGCCCCACCCCAGCUGCUGAUCAGACCAAGAAAAACAAGGACGACAACGGUCCAAGUGGGCCAACUCCAAAGCCAGCUCCUCGGGGUGCCAGCACCAGCUCCAGCUCCAGCACCAGCACCAGCACCAGCACCAGCACUAGCACCAGCACCAGCUCUAGCAGCUUCACCCCAGAUGCCAUGAGCUAUGAGAAGGUGGAGGUGGUGGAGUCUGUGGAGAAGUUCUCCAACGGCCGCAAGGUUAAAGGUUAUGAGGAAACUUCCAUGGUGGUGGAGACAAUGAUUGAGAAGUCCAGCAAGAAGAAACAUUGA